AUGUUCCAUACUCCCCCAUUUUCUAAUGCUUCUUUCGAUACUAAACAAUCCAUCACUGAAUCUUAUCGCGAUAGUUUGAAUUCGACGAUUUCCAAUAAUAGCGAUGCAAAGAAACCGAAUGUCAUGCUUCAAACUGCCAGCACAUCGGCACCUCCAUCACCAGAACUACCAAUAGAAUCUUCAGAAUCCAAUGAUGAUUUGAUUCCCAUUGCUAGUAUACCUGAUGAAUUGAUGAAAUUGAUUGAUUUGUUCAUUGAUGAUUUGAAACAGCCUAAAUAUUCCAGGCCUUUAAUGAUUACACAAUUAUCUCAGAUAUUCCAAAGGUUUUAUGAGAGAUUUGAUAGAUCUUGCCAACAACAUUUUAAUGCAUUAGCCUCGCCUGGAAGUGUGAAUGUUAUGCUCAACGCGAGAGAAACGAGAAAUAGUGGAUUGAGUAGUAUCUUCAACAGAUCCAGAAGUAGUAGUUUUCGAAAUAGCAGCAUAAGAACAAGAACUAGAACUAAUUCUGAACAGAAUUAUCAGCAAUUGUUGACUCCAGAAGAAAUAUCCCAUCAAAUUAAGCUGCAAGAGGCUAAUAAUAUCAAAACGGACCAGAUUAUGGAUUUGUGUGAAUGCGAAAUAUUCAAGAAAAUACUGCAAGUUGGCACUUGUGUCCCAAAUCAUCCAACAAGACAGGCGAAAUCGACUAGUUCGAAUGAAUGGAAAAUGACAAGCCUAUUUCGUAAUAAUCCGGAGUUUAUUGAGUUUGAUAAGAUGUUGAAUACUAAAUUGAACACGAUGAAAGAGUUAAGCAGUUCGCGAAUACUUGAUUUACCAGCAUUUUUAGCGUUAGAGUUGAAACAUAAAGAAAGACUUGAUAUGGUAGGGUUAUUAUUUGAUAAGAUGUUACAUGAGAAUGUAUCCCCUUGCGACAAGGUACAUUGCCUAAUAGUAUUGCAUGAUAAGCUAUUGGCUCUUGAUCAAAAUAACGCUGAUGAGAUACUUCCUUCGAUGAUAUAUCUCUUGAUAACAAAUCCUCGAAAAGAAUUGUUUUUGAACCUCCAGUUCAUCAAGCUUUUCAGAUUCCAUCGAAGGUUGAAAGAGAAAGAAUUAUAUGUCACUACGAAUUUUGAAGCCGCGAUAUCUUUCAUUGACUCGUUGACAACUAAGGAUAUAAUAACAUAUUGCCAACACACUGAUGAAUUAAAACUUCCGCAUUUGGAGUCUAUCAGUGAACAAGUGAAACUUCCUCUAGCGACAGAGGAGUCAUUUAUACCGGAUUUCAAAAGGUCUAACUCUCUUUCUGAUUUAAUAUCUGUUGGUAAUGUUAUUGAUUCUGGUUUUAGAAACUUGAUGGGUCGCAUCAAAACUUAUACCCCGCCACCGCCACCACCACCACCGCAUGUAGCACAGAUACAGGUACCGCUACCAAGCAUCGAGGUUACCGAGGGUCCUGCUACCGAUUGGAGAAGGUACAAGGAUUAUAAAUUCGAGGACUUGAAGGUUAGUGAUAUGCAAAGUAUAUUUGAUAUAUAUCGUGAUUUAGCUAAUAAAAAUAAAUAA